AUGGUCGACUGGCUCAGUCUGGCCGUGCCGUUCGCCUACCUAGGCGUCCUAAUCGGCUCACUCGCGACAUUCGCCUCGCUAUACCGCAAGCGCAAGGCCACAAAAGCAGCCUCCCUGGAAGCAUGGUUCCCAGCGCACCUCCAACGCGACAUCUACUUCUCCCUCCUCCACCUCGAGCCACCCUCCACCUCCGCCAAGGAAAAGAAAGCCCCCUCUGUCCCAGAAUCCGUCCUCAAGGCCGCGCUCCUCCGCCGCGCAACAGAAGACAUCAAGCGCGUCAUGACCCUGCGGUCCCAGAAACAGGCCCUUUCCAUGCUCCUCCAGCGCGGCAGUGUCGGCGAUGACCUGUGGCAGCGCUUCCAGCGCGCCGAGAAGGAGAUGGAGGAAGAGGUGCGCGAUGUUGUUGCCGAGGCGAAUGCGUACACUCCCAACUGGGGCCAAACUAUCUUCCAAUCCGCUAAUGAAAUGAUGAACAACGAUGUCUACCGGCGCCGUCUGGAUGAGCACCAGGGGAAACUGGCCGAGGAGCGCGAGUGGUGGGAUAAGAAGAAGGCUAGCAUCAAGGAGGGAUUCAUGAAGGAGCUUGACGGUGAUUCUUCUUUGUCUGCUCCGGCGGCUGCUUCUGCAGCUGCAGCUGCUCCCGCACAACCGACUGCCUCUUCAGUACAGACCAGUGAUGACGACGCAGUCCUCGUUGAGGCUGAUCCGUCCUCGGCGGCGGGUAUUACUCCUGGUGGCAGCGGCGGUGGUGGGAAGAAAAAGAAGGGCAAGGGGAAGAAAUAG